CCAGUUCUAGGAGCAAAGGGACUGGGAUCGCAUGAUCGGGGUCAACCUCAGCGGGGUCAUGUACUGCAUGCGUGCUCAGCUUCCGCAUCUCCCGAAGCCCGGCGGCUCGAUCGUCAACGUUGCCAGCACUGCGGGCAUCCACGGCCUGCCGAAAAGCGCGGCGUAUUCGUCCAGCAAGCAUGGAGUCAUCGGAUUGACGGCAUCCGCUGCAGGCGAGUAUGGAAGGGCCGGCGUGAGGAUCAAUGCUCUGCUUCCGUGCGUGUGACAACGAUUAAAAAAAUUAUUGGCGAAUGA